AUGAGACUUUUCGUGUGUGUAGCUACCGUGGCUCUCCUCUACUCGAUGUGCGCCCACGCUCUUCAGAAGACGGAACACGGUCGGGCCCUGCGAAACUCACGCGUCCACCAGUGCAAAGCAUGCAAGGGCGCGUGCCCUCACAAGCGCAAUCAUGGCAAGCCUGUUGAUGCCGUUAAAGUAAAGGAAGAGGCGGAGCUCGCAGCCGCCAAGAAAAAGGGCGAAGAAGAAGGCCACGCUGCAGCGCGAAAACUGAUACCGGAGGGACCACGUACUGAAACGCCUCACCCCUCAAAGAACAAGAUUCCUCGAUCUGGCGAAGCAAAGCCAGAAGAACUGUCGUUGCCUGCGAAGAUCGAGGGCACCGACGUUACAGAAGCUCUUGAAACAGCGGAGAAGACGCUGAGUCAGCUUCCAACAGUUGCGCCCGUCGCGGUUGCUAAGGAAGAGGUACGGGUUUAG